AUGUCUGGAACAGUGGAAAUCAAGUCGCCUGCUCAGCUGAGCUCACUGCUGUCAUCGUCGCGCAUAGUCGUGGUCAAUUUCUACAACGAGGAAAACACGUCGAGCAAAGCGAUUGCGCCCGUAUAUGACCAGUUAGCCAGUCAGCUCGCAAGACCCGGCAAAGUCACCUUCACCAAAGUCAGCACAGUGCAGCAAGCACAGAUUGCACAGAGCUACAACGUCACAAACACGCCCACGUUUAUCAUCUACAAGAACAACCAGCAAAUACGCAAAUACGCCGGCUCCAAUCCCCAACAACUGUCCGAGGCGGUCAAGACGCUUGCAGCAGAGGCAGAAAACGACGGUAAAGGCAGCAGCGGCUUCCCUAGCGCGGGCGGCAGCGGCGAUGCAAGUGGAAGCGGCGCAUGGAUAGGUGCCAGCUUACCACGCGGCUACACUGAUGUCACCGACGCGGUAGAUGCCCGCGGUCUUGACCUGCUCAAUGCAGACAGCGAUUUUGGCGCCGUAAAGACGCUGUUCGAGACGUCACAGCCCAGCUCGCUGACCAAGGGCAAGACCACGGCGGACGGAACAAAGGACUGGGUCGAGAGCGAUGUGGACAACCAGCUCAUGCUGUAUGUGCCCUUCAUGGCAAAUCUCAAGGUGCACACCAUCCAUAUCACGUCGUGCGUGUCGGCCGACGCAGACGAUGACGAAGCGCCUGUACGACCCAAGACUAUCCACAUCUGGAUCAACCGCCAGCACAAUCUGGGAUUCGAAGAGGCCGAAGAUAUUCCCGCCACACAGACCAUCGAGCUGAAGCCUGAGGACUGGGACCAACAGACUCAGACGGCCAAGCUCGAGCUGCGCUUCGUCAAGUUUCAGAACGUCUACUCACUAGUCCUGUUCAUUGCGGAUGCCGAGGGUGACAGCGAGAAGACGCGCAUCGACCGCAUCCGCUUCAUCGGCGAGACGGGAGAGAAGCGCGAAAUUGGCAAGCUGGAGAAGAUUGGCCACGACGACUAG